AAAUAUCAAUUACAAUUGACAUUAACAAAACCAAAACCGACCAAAAAAUAAGUUUUAAAAAUGUUCAUUUAACAGUUAAAUAACCAAAAAAAUAAAGUAAAAACAAAAUGGAUUACGACAGCAAUGAAGUCGUAAGUGUGACAAUCGAAGAACUCUUCCCUGUACAAUUUGAUGAUGUAGAAUCCUCAGAGGACCCACCGGAAUCUGAAUGGUCUUCCCUCAUUCUUGAGGCUCCUUCCAAACACAGUAAGCUCAAACUGCACGAAGAAGGUUUGUAUGACCCUGGCUCUGGAGAAAUAUGUACUCACUACAUAGCAUGCUCCUGCAGCUCAGUGUUCAGGCAUCCUUACUUCAACUACCCAGCUAUAAAGGAUCCUGGUAUAGUAGAUGCAUUAACUAAACCAGAACCAAUAGUAACGUUCGCAGACGAUGGCCAAGAACUGUACCUACAUGUGUGCAAAAAAGCAGGAAUCUGUCCAAUGAGAUGCUUCUAUAACUCAUUGUUAGAUAGCAAGAUAGAUUUGAAAUACUAUGGCAUCCAUACAAAGGCAUAUCCCACCAUGAGUGCAGCGUUAAGUCGAAACAAAUUUGUCAAAAUCUUGGAUCUUUCAGACAACUGGAUCUGCAGGGAUGGAUGUUUCCAUAUUGGACAACUGCUGACUACCAACAAUACUAUAACAGAACUCUAUUUAACUGGUUGUAGAAUUGGACCUGAUGGUGCUAAACGCAUUUUCUGUUCCUUGUCCAUCAACCGGUCGCUCACCAAACUUGAUCUCGCAAGAAAUGAGUUACAUGACGAAGGGGUCCAUCAUUUAGCGGCAGCCAUUUUGCAGGGAGCAGAUAUCACUCAUUUAAAUCUAAGCGGAAACAAACUAACUUAUAGUGCUGUCUUUGCGCUCUGUGAAGCAUUUGAAAUUAGAAACAAAUUAUCGCAUUUGGAUCUAUCGUGGAAUACUAUUGUUGCACCAAAAGCAAUACUUCGGAUGUGCACAUAUUUAUCUGACAAUAUACAUUUUAGGGAACUUGAUUUAUCCUGGAACGGGCUAGACAGCCGCAUAGGGGGGGCUAUAAAGAUCCUACUGUUAAACCGAUUCAUUACAAAAAUUGAUUUAAGCAACAACAAACUGCAUGGUGAAGCAAUAAAAUUUAUUGCACAGAAUUUAAAUAAAGCCAAGAAACUUCAAUGUUUAAAUCUAUCUUUCAAUCCUCUUACUCCAAGAGAUGCUAUGAUACUACUCCAGCGUUUGAGAAGUCCUGCUGUCAAACUAAGAGAACUUCUUCUUCAAGAUGUAACUGUUGAACCAGAGUUUAUGCAAAUGCGUCAAGAAAUAUUAUCUCUGAACUUUCGCAACGACACUAUUAUUACUCAUGGUUACGUGCGACUUGGAGCAACACCUCCCAAGUUCGAUCCUAGGGAACUACUUCUGAAUAGAAUUCAAGCUAUUGGUAAUUCAGCAAAAAGUAAAGCAAAGAGGUUUGAUGCCGUAUUAAUUUUGUUGAAACUACAUAGCAAAAAUCCUACCCCGCUAGGCGUGAAAGAAUUUACUGCAGCACUAAAACGAUUGGACCUGAGGUUGGAUGAAGAUUUAGUUCUGGAGUUAUCUGAAGUCUUCCGCGGACCAAGACAAGGGAAAUACUUUUCUAUUAAUUUAAAUAGUAUUGUUGACUUUAUCCAUCGUAUGUGGCCAGAUAAGCAGACGCCACCACAGACCCCUCCCCCUGUAGUAGAACCUGUCCCUCCACCAAAGGCUAAAAAGGGAAAAAAUAAAAAGAAAUAAUACGAUAUUUGGAUAGUGCUUAGUUUUAUUUUAGCUCAUGUACUUACGUUUAGUGAUUGGUUAUAUUCUUAUAAGGAACUUAGUAUACUUUUAGAUUAGAAUUUAUUUUAGAUUUGUAUAAUAAGUAACGAUUAAAUGUUAAGAUUUUUAAA